UUUUAUAUUCUUUGAUUGCUGGAACAGUUCAUAUAAUUUGUAUACUUUCAAUUACAUUAUACGUCUACUUGCGUAAUCUGAAUAAUAUUAUCACCAAAUCGUGGGAAUCAGCAUGGUCGUGUUACACUUCUACCGAGAGCCCGGGUUGUCGGACGGGUCUCUGUCUCGGAAGCUGCGAGACCUGAAGGCUCUUUCGUCACUCGUAGAGUCCUUGCGUACGGAGUUGUGCUACAACGUGGAGGUGACUGAGCCGCUGAAUGAGACGCAGGAGGGACAACUGCGAUGGGUGUUGUCCGCUCCUCUCAAACCUUCCGGUCUACAGAGUGAGCCUCACCUACAUGGGCAGCGUCUCAGUAGCCUACUGGUGGAGAUUGGUCCGAGGUUGAACUUUUGCACAGCGUUUUCCAGCAACGCCGUCUCGAUCUGUAGGUCCAUAGGCUUAACGGGGGUUACUAGGCUAGAAGUUUCUACUCGCUACCUCAUCUACUGGAAAUUAGAAGGCCUUGACAUCAGCCGAACAUUGGAAAAUCAGCUGGUUGGAGCUCUUCACGACCGUAUGACCGAGUGUAGAUAUCUCGAGCCUAUCCAGAGUUUCGACCAUGGAAUCGUCCCGGAACCUUGGUUUUCCGUAGAUGUGAUGGGAAAAGGAAGAAAAGCACUUGAAGAAGUCAACGCUAAACUAGGUCUCGCUUUUGACGAUUGGGACCUUGAGUUUUACACCGAGUUGUUUUCCCAAAAACUCAAAAGGAACCCCACGAGUGUGGAGUGUUUUGACUUGGCUCAGUCUAACUCGGAGCACAGUCGGCAUUGGUUCUUCAAAGGUAAAAUGAUAAUCAACCAGAAAGAAAUGCCUGAUUCGCUGUUGGAUAUGAUUUUUAAAACUCAAGAUUCAACAAACCAAAACAACGUGAUCAAAUUCAGUGAUAACAGUAGUGCCAUCCAAGGCUAUGAGCUAGAAAGACUGCGUCCGUCCGCUGUAGACACGGCGAGUAAGUUUAUCACUUCCCGUGGUCUUACCCACAUUGCCUUCACUGCCGAGACUCAUAACUUUCCCACCGGAGUGGCUCCAUUUAGUGGGGCGACCACAGGCACGGGUGGUCGUAUCAGAGACGUGCAGGGCGUGGGUAGAGGGGGACACUGUAUAGCAGGGACUGCAGGGUACUGCGUCGGCAACCUGUUGAUACCAGAUUAUCAACAACCGUGGGAGGACGCAGGAGCAGAAUAUCCGCCCAACCUCGCGUCUCCGUUGGAGAUAUUGGUGGAAGCGAGCAAUGGAGCAUCCGACUACGGCAACAAGUUCGGAGAGCCGGUGGUUUGUGGGUUCACCCGAGCGUUCGGCCUUAGUGACGCGACAGGACAGCGGAGAGAGUGGAUUAAACCUAUCAUGUUUAGCGGGGGCGUCGGGGCUGUGGAGGCGGGGCUAGUAGACAAGGAACCUCCAGAGAAAGGUAUGGAGGUAGUGAAGGUAGGAGGACCCGUGUACAGGAUCGGAGUCGGAGGAGGAUCUGCUAGUUCCGUACAGGUUCAAGGAGAUAAUCAGUCAGAGUUAGAUUUCGGUGCGGUCCAGCGAGGAGACGCGGAGAUGGAGCAGAAAUUGAACCGAGUGAUUCGAGCCUGCGUCGAGAAUCCUGGGGGUAACCCGAUAUGUAGCAUUCACGACCAAGGAGCUGGCGGUAACGGUAACGUGCUGAAGGAGCUAGUGGAGCCUGCAGGAGCCGUUAUAUUCAGCAAGCACUUCACUCUCGGAGAUCCGAGCAUCAGCACGCUGGAAUUGUGGGGUGCCGAGUACCAGGAGAAUGAUGCGUUGCUGUGCCGACCCGACCACGCUGACCUGCUGAGGCAGAUCGCUGCUAGAGAGAGAUGUCCGGUCAACUUUGUCGGAACUGUCACCGGCAACGGCAGGGUUGUUCUAUCCGAAGAAGAAAAUCCAGACCCGUCCAAGUACCUGGAUUCCAACCACAACAGCGAAACAGAGAAUCACCCCUUCAAUUUGGAUCUUGAGCUGGUACUUGGGAAAAUGCCUCAGAAGGAGUACGUAAUGGAGAGACAGCCAGUGGUGGUGCAAGCGUUAAACCUCCCUCCAGCACUGACCGUGUUGGCAGCCCUGCAGAGAGUGUUGCGACUGACGAGCGUCGGCAGCAAGAGGUUCCUCACCAACAAAGUAGACCGUUGCGUCACGGGGUUGGUGGCGCAACAACAGUGUGUCGGACCCUUACACACUCCGCUCAGUGACGUGGCUGUGACGGCUCUAUCACACUUUAGUACGGAAGGAGUGGCUACUGCGAUCGGAGAGCAGCCUAUCAAGGGACUAGUGGACUGUGCUGCUGGAGCUAGAAUGGCAGUGGCAGAAUCUCUAACUAAUCUUGUCUUUGCUCGCAUCACUGAUAUUCAAGACGUGAAAUGCAGCGGUAACUGGAUGUGGGCGGCCAAGUUGCCAGGGGAAGGCGCUGCGCUGUACGACGCGUGUCAGGCGAUGUGUCAACUCAUGUGUCAGCUGGGCAUCGCAGUCGACGGAGGAAAAGAUUCCCUCAGUAUGGCGGCGAGAGUGGGCACAGACACCGUCAAAGCACCAGGUGCGUUGGUGGUGUCUAGCUACGCGCCGUGCCCAGACAUCAGCCAGGUAGUGACGCCAGACCUGAAGGCGCCCGGCGCUGGCUGUCUGGUGCUGGUGGACCUGUCAGGACGCGCCAGGCUGGGUGGGUCUGCUCUGGCGCAAUGCUACUCUCAGCUCGGAGACACUCCACCCGACGUCGACGACCCGCAGCUACUCAAGCGAGCGUUUGCCUGCACACAGAAACUGAUCGGAGAGCGAGCCGUACUAUCAGGCCAUGACGUCAGUGACGGAGGUCUAGUCACCUGCCUCCUGGAGAUGUGUUUUGCUGGCGUAGUCGGGGCCACCGUGGACGUGCAGCAACGUUGCCGUGGCGCCGAGACGCCUCUGCACGCUCUGUUCGCCGAGGAGCUGGGCUGGGUGUUGGAGGUGGAGAAAGCAAAGGUCAAGCAUGUACAGGAAGUUUUCAGAGACAACAACGUACCUUGCCUCUACCUCGGAGAGAGCGGCAGUCGUGGCAUGAGCUCAAAGAUUGUUAUCCGUGACGGAGCCGAGGUUCUGCUGGACGAGACUGUUUGGUCGCUGAUGCGACUGUGGGAGGAAACGAGUUACCACCUGGAGAAGCGACAAGCCAACCCCGACUGUGUUAAGGCGGAGUUUGAGUCUCUAGCGUCUCGGACAGGACCACAGUACCACCUCACAUUUGAUCCAACCCCUGCCAAACCUCUGGCACAAGGUCCCAGAGUGGCUGUUAUAAGAGAGGAAGGUUCCAACGGUGACCGUGAGAUGGCCGCGUCUCUGUUUAUGGCUGGGUUUGAGACUUGGGACGUCACGAUGCAAGAUUUGCUGGACAAGAAAGUCACCGUUGAUCACUUCCAGGGUGUCGUCUUUCCUGGAGGCUUCAGUUAUGCUGACGUAUUAGGCUCGGCCAAGGGCUGGGCCGCUAGUUUACUGUUUCAUCCUUCGCUGAAAGCUCAGCUAGAGUCGUUCACCCGACGAACGGACACAUUCAGUCUUGGAGUGUGCAACGGCUGUCAGCUCAUGAGUCUGCUUGGCUGGGUCGGACUACCAGAGAGUUCCGCCAAGCCAGACGUGGUGUUGGACCACAACGUGUCGGGCAGGUUUGAGUGUCGCUGGUCUACUGUGAGGGUGGAGACGUCUGCGGCCAUCCACCUGCGAGGGAUGGCGGGAAGUGUGCUCGGAGUGUGGGUGGCUCACGGAGAAGGCCGAUUUACCUUGAGAGAACCUAAAGUUCUCGAGCAACUUGAGCAAAGAAACUGCUUGGCCUUGAAGUAUGUUGACGACAACAGCGAGCCUACCGAGCGUUACCCCUUCAAUCCUAACGGAAGUGUUGGUGGUGUAGCCGGUGUGUGUUCCCAAGACGGACGACAUCUUGCCCUCAUGCCUCACCCGGAAAGAUGCACCCUCUCAUGGCAGCAACCCUACGUACCUCCCCAGUGGCACAACCUCCCGGCCGCACCAUGGCUCACCCUGUUCCAUAAUAUGUACAAGUGGGCUGUGGAACAACACUAGAACGACUGGCAAACAGAGAACGACAAUUGCCUGGCUUCCAAUAUACCCGUGAUAAAUUUAUGGAAAAAAACUUGUUUAGGAGCUUUAAAUAUUGAUAGAACUAAACAUUCCACCCCCAUGUUAAUGAUUUCCCCAGUUUUGGAGUGAAAAUGGACAUAGUUGAAUUGGGUCACCUUAUGUAAAUUAAUGAUUUUCAACCGAGUCAAACUAAUAAUACUUAUUGUAAGGUAAAGCAUUUUUUAUGUCCCAUCAUAGUUACAAAGACUAACGCAGAAAAUAUUUAAACUGAUAAGCAAGUGACCUAUGCACUCUAAUUUUCUUAGGUAAACUAGCUAAAUUAUAACUCCUUUUCAAAGAUAUCCUAAAGCAUAAAUUUUUUUACCAUACAUACUGCGAGUGGCUCAUUUUACUGUUCCUUUUAAACAAAAAAUGUGCUACAGCUGAAAUACUUAUAAGAAUUUCACUGUUGUGUUCACGUGUUAAACACCCUGCACUAUUCAGUGAAAAACGUAAAAUACUUAAUUUGGUUGGUACACAGGAAUAAGUAGAACAAAUUUGAAUCUUGAUAACAAGUGUAAUUUAAUUUAUCCCUUAGAUUCUAUGCCAUCAUCACAUAUUGCCAACCUCGAUAAGAAGUCAAUCUUCAAGUCUUGUUUAAUAAUCCCCUUGAGUGUCUUGUUAUCGAGGUUCUACAGUGGAACCUUGGUAAGAAGACCCUCGAUAACAAGUCGCCCUUGAUAACAAGUGUCAUUUUCAAAUCCCCUUAAAAUUAUUUUACCCCCAAUCACAUGUUAUUACAAACCUCGAUAAGAAGUCAACCUUGAUAACAAGUCUUAUUUUACUAUCCCCACGAGAGUCUUGUUAUAAAGGUUCUACUGUAUUUUACUUUUAAAGUAAUAUUUAACUAUGCGGUUUUAAUAUGAAUGUAUAACUUGGAUAAAAAUCCCAUAAUUUACUUAGUAGUCUGUGAGUUUUGCUAUUCUGAUCGGCCUUAAACUUUAAAAAUAAGUGUAGACCUGUUCAAAAAUUUAUUAAUUUUAUAUUGUUAGUUGAUAUUUUUUUAUGAAUAAAUUAGAGGUCAGUUAGCUUAAAUCAGGAAAAACUAGAGUUUAGAGCUCAUAGAAAUAAAGAAGUUUUGGAAAAUCACUCCUAUACUAUGAUAAAAAAAUCACUUUUAUUUUGUGAUACACAUUUUUGAUUAACUAUAUUUAAGUGCCUUAACUCGGAUACUCUCAUACAAACCAACUGAACACAUUCCAUUCCCUUUAAAAGAAAAGAAAAAUUAUUUACGAUAUAUAUUUUAUCACUUAGUUAUAGAGUAUAUAUGAGGAUCUGUUAUACUGAACUUGCCCUUAAGUUUCUUGUUAUUUUAUAUUUUUAUAGAUCGUAGUUUUAAAUAUUAUACCAGUUAUGAAAAAUAAAGGGGUAUUUCCCGAUUUGCUCAAAUCAUUUGUUAGUUUGUUAGUCGGACAAGAACUUUUUAUAAAUUUGUUACAUAUAUUGUUCAAUAAAGAUGUUA